AUGCGAACCUCGUUUCUAGGCUAUGGUGCGCUCGUAGGAGCUGCGAGUGCACUCGAAUGUACACCCACUGCGAUCCAAGGCGCACUGCCUUCCAACGCGACCGUCAACUUUGCAUACCCAGUCUCGGCCAAUGGGACAUUCCAGGUACCAACAGGCGACACAGGCUACCCCACUAGCCCGGUAGGACUGCCUGCGUUGUGUGCCGUCUCAGUGCAGGUACAGUCAGUCGGUAACACGACCUUCGGUUUUGGUCUGUUUCUUCCAAGCGACUGGAAUGGGCGGUUUCUUGCCGUUGGAAACGGAGGUUUCGCUGGUGGUAUCAAUUGGAUGGAUAUGGCUCCAGGAAGCCGGUAUGGCUUUGCGACUAUGUCCACCGACACUGGCCACAACUCUUCUUCGAGCGACGGAACUUGGGCGUACAAUCAGCCAGGGAAGGUGGAGAAUUGGGGUCACCUGGCCAUGCAUGGAUCAGUCGUUGCAGCGAAAACCGUCACAGCAGCAUUCUACGAGAAGGAAAUAUCUUACAAUUAUUACUCGGGAUGCUCGACUGGUGGACGUCAAGGUCUGAAGGAGGCGGAGAAGUAUCCUGAGGAUUUCGAUGGUAUCGUGGCGGGCGCACCUGCAUGGUGGACGUCUCAUCUUCAACCCUGGACUGUCAAAGUGGCUCUCUACAAUUUGCCAACCACCGCGGACUACCACAUCCCGUCGACAUUGCUUCCCACGAUCGCCGCUGAAGUUUUGAAGCAAUGCGAUCCUCAAGAUGGCCUCAAAGACAACAUCAUCUCCGACCCUCAAGGCUGCAACUUCCGCCCAGAAGAGCUUCUCUGCGCCUCCAAUGUCACAAACGGCACAGCCGCCAGCUGCCUGACGUCACCACAGAUUGAUACUCUGUAUAAGAUCUACACUGACUCCAUCGGCGACAAUCAAACCUUCAUCUUCCCGCACCUCAACCUCGGAAGCGAAGGGCAGUGGAUCUUGGUUUCAGGCGACAAGCCAAACAACCUGGGCCCAGACUACGUAAAGUACUUUCUCGGCCUAGGUCCGGACUGGGACUUCUACGACUACAGCGAGGAUAUCCAGCGGUUGGCCGACAAGGUGCAGCCCGGCAACGCGACCGUUGGGUUCGAUCUUUCCGCCUUCCACGCCAAAGGUGGCAAGCUCUUGUCGUACCACGGCCAGGCUGAUGGCCUCAUCCCCACUGGCUCGACACCCUACUUCUACAACCACGUCACGCGCACGCUGCAACCGCGUGGCAUCGACGUUGACGAGUUCUUCCGCUUCUUCUUCGUGCCUGGCAUGGGUCACUGCGCAGGCACUUUUGCGAACGUGAACGCGCCAUGGUACUUCGCUGGAGCCAAUCAAGCGCUUAACCUGGGUAACACUGUAUAUGGAGUGCCAGGCUUUAGGGACGAGAAGCACGACGCGCUGCUUGCGAUGGUGGCCUGGGUUGAGAAUGGCACGGCGCCAGAACAGAUCGUUGGGACUAAGUGGGUCAAUGACACGACGCAGGCGGAGGUGAUGAGGCAGAGACCGUUGUGCAUGUACCCGAAGCAGGCGAAGUAUUCGGGGAGCGGAGAUGUGGAUGCUGCGAGCAGCUGGGAGUGCAAACUUCCGUAUUGA